CUAGUGGUGAUAAUUAACGUCGGACCGUCCGCCGCCGACGACAACGACAUUCGAUACCACCCGCACAAUCAAUUUUUCGAUACAAUCAUUACGUCUCAUUCAUCAUCGUAUGCGCACGUGUAUUAUUUAAACCGUAUAGUAUUCAUCGGAUUACAUCGAACGCCGAGUGUCCUAUAUUAUACCAUUUACGUCCAACGCGGUCGUCGCGAUUAUUCUUUUAAGUGUAUAAUAAAUAUUCGCGUGUUUACGUCUAGCGCGUGUGCGGUAUUGGUAUUACUUGUUGCUGUAGUUAAACAUCAUAUUAUAGCCUCCUAAAUAAUAUAGUACAUAGCUAAUAGGUACGCCCAUAUUGUGCGAAAGGGAAAGGACUCGGCAGCAACAAACAGUCCGCUUGACGGACGGAUCGUGGAAUCUUUUGCUUCUCGAUUAUCAUUACUAUCGUUUUCGCCGCCGGUCGGUAUAACGCGUACGUUAUUGUUAUUAUACCCACCCACAGUGCUGUGCAGUGCGACGUCCGGACCGCGGCAAUAUGAUGUCACUGUACAGGACCAUCAGGGGCACAAACGGCACCCAAAAACGCGUCAGGGACAGGAGUUGUCCGUCGUUAGCAGUGCCCAACGAUAUGAUAUCCAGGCGUCGAAUAUUGUCCAGGUCUAGGGACGACUUGAACUUGGACUCGGGAGUAGGAUUCCCCGUUCAAGUUGAAGAAGAAGAAGACGUGUGGUACAACAAGGACAAGCUGUACAAGGAUCACAUUCAGGAAGUUUUGGAUAAAUGGACGCAAAUUGAUGACGAAAUUUGGGCCAAAGUCAUAGUGCUCGAAAGGAACCGUCGAGUGGCCAAAGCUUACGCCCGUGCGCCGAUACUCACGGUGAACGGGUCCGACGAAGGAUUCGAUGGAUACAGGAUCGGAGUUAACGGUUUCGACAAUCCGAUGAGGGAUCCAAAGACCGAAGAAGUGAAAAAACUAGUCGGCCUCGGUGUCAAAGUGAAGAUGGACGAUCAGGGAAAUAUUCUUGUGAAAAGGCUGUCCGGGAAGAACGUGUACGUUAAGAGCAUAUCGAACGCCGGCGAAGAGACUAGCAUCGGGGCAGACGUGCUCAAAUUACCCAACUACUGUCUGGAGAACGAUAAACCGGUUAAGUUAUUUGACAUGAAAAAAUUUCAACAGAACGUGUCCAGAGAAUUGCGCAGAGCGUACCCUGACCGUAGACGCCUGGAAUGUCAAUGUUUGAGUGCUAUCAGCUUUGUAAAAAACGAACCAGACAUGUUAGAUAGCCCUAUAUGGGUGUUGAUUAUAAACGUCGUAGCCAUGGAUAUGCUCAAGUCGAAAUUGCCACCAAUUUACGCAGUGAAACGGACAGUGGACAUUAAGAACCGGCCCAGGAUCCCAAUCCCGGAUGAGGACCCGUACAGCAUAGCAGGAGCAAACAUGGUGGCCGCCACACGGGAACAGUUGAUGAUGCAGACGGCGGCGCGCCGGGGUGACAAGCCACCAAAAUUGCCGCCCAGGGACCCGUCUAACCCUUACCCACAUGAAAUACCUAAGCCUGACUACGAUGACAUCGAAGAAGAAGAAAACAGAUUGGUAGGUACCAUGAAACAAUUCACCUCAUCGAGGGGAAAGGACAAAGUCAAGGACAACAAUAAAAAAUACGACGACCCGUACUACUGUGGACUGAGAGCGAGAGUGCCGAACUUUGUCAAGACUUCCAACGGAAAAACCAAGGAGUUCGUCAAGGACGUGCCCGUCGGCCCGAAGAUGAGCACCGCCGUCCCGCCAUCACGGUACCAACAGAAUCCGAUGGCCCUGUCCAACGGUCACCUGGCCACCGCCGCCGCCGUACAUUAUCAUCACACGCAGCCCGCUAUGUGGCACACGCGCAGCUUCGACAGCGGAAUGGAUGCCGAAGUUUUUGAUUCGCCUUACAACCACAUCUACGGACGGUUGCCCAUACCUACUAGAGGUUACAUACCGACGGGACACAGGACUCCAAUGUACGUUGGCGAAUGGGACUAAUGAUCCAACUGGACGAAGUGACUAAGGUCGAUUCGCGCUUCUCAUCGACGAAAAUCGAAAUGAUUCAAUUUUAAAGAAAAGAAAAAUUAAAAAAAAAAAUCACUUUAUUAUAUAGAUCCCUUUUCGUUAUUUUCUCUCGACUGAUGGAUAAUUUACACAUACAUAUAUAUAUAUAUAAAUUGCGUACAUAUAUUAUAUAUUAUUAUAACAUAAUGUAUAGGAAAACGAUUUAAUGAGCUUUUUUUAUAACUAUUCUCUCUUUUUUAUACAUAUACACAUAUUAUAUAAAAUACUUAGUAGGUAUAUAUUUUUGUGAUUUUUUUUUCGAUUGUAUUUAAUUAAUCGUCGUCAGUACGGAACGCGAUGAAAAUCCGUAUUACUUCAGUGUACACAAUACACAUAUUUUAUCAUAAUCUUAUUAUAAUUUUGUGAAUAUUAUGCAUAUAAGUUUUACAAUAGUAUGAAAUAACUCGCGCGGGCUCUUUUAUUACGGAUAUACAUAGAAGCAGCAUAUUACAUAUAAAUUAUAUUUCUAAAAUUACAGUUUCGCGUACGUCAUCAAAUAAUCGUUUUGGAAAAAUUCGAAAUCUUAUUUAUAUCUAUCGACGACGUGUGUGACCGUUUAUCAUCCCACGGUCCUCACAGCACACAUCGCAAGUAUCGUAUUGUUAUAAUUAUUCUCGUGUACACCUUGUUGUCUGACUACUUAAAAACCGCGUCAUCGCGGUGAUAAUGAUAAUAUUAUUAUGUAUAGUAUAAUUGUUCGUAGAAAGCGAAAAACAGAAAAGCGAAAUUUAGUCGUACAGAGCUAACAUUCGACGACGACGAUGUGUAUAGAGAGGUACGCGUGUUUAAGGAUACGAUUUUUUUUUAUUUUACGAAACUUACCGUGAGAAAAUAAAUAGAUCGAAUAGAGAAUAGAGAAUAAAAAAGCAAAAAAAAAAAGAAAAUACAAAUCGGUGUGGGGAGACGUAAUAUCGAUCGAAUUCUUCGUAUAAUAUAACCUAUAAUGUGUAGAAAGAAAGAAACAAUUUUUAAUUCGUAACAAAAA